AUUAAUUGAAGCCGUUUGCGUCGAAUUGUUUUAUAGUAUUUUUCUAAAAAUUAAAGACUUAAAAUGACUACAGCAGCGCGCCCCACAUUUGAUCCAGCGCGCGGUGGCUCUGGACGCGGCGAAAAAGACUUGAGUGCACUCAGUAAACAGUAUUCGAGUCGCGACUUGCCCGGACACACUAAACUUAAAUACAGAGAAACUGGCCAAGGAACUAGCGAAGAGACUCGCAAUCGUGACUUCCGCAAAGAACUCGAGGAACGUGAGCGUGACAUACGCUCUGGCAACAGCUCGGGUAAGGCACUGCCCUCGAUUGUGCGAAAGGCUAUUGAGGCAAAUGCUAGUGGGAGCAGUACAAACAAACGGGCUAAACUGGAAAGUCUGUCGCAGCAGCAGCUUCAUCAACAACAACAGCAACAACAGCAUGCUGCCAAUCUCGAUGCAGAUGAGCCGCUGGACAAUGACAGCUCGGACUCGGACAGCGAUUCGGAUAAUGAUGAUGCAGCCCUGCUAGCCGAAUUGCAGAAAAUCAAACAGGAGCGCUUGCAAGAGACGGCACGUCGUGAAGCCGAAAAGAAACAAGAGGACGAACGUAUACGCAUGGAAAACAUUCUGUCGGGCAAUCCACUAAUCAACUAUGAGCCCGGAACAGCGGUUUCAGCUGCUGGACGCACGUCUGGCAAUGGCGGCGAUCUAAAAAUUAAGCGUCGUUGGGAUGACGAUGUUGUGUUUAAGAACUGCGCUCGCUCGGCUCCUGAAAAGAAGACUCACUUUGUCAACGACGCGUUGCGUUCGGAUUUCCACAAAAAGUUUAUGGACAAGUAUAUUAAGUAGAUAAGAAUGACCAAGAUCUUUGUAACCACAAGCAAUACAUUUGUAAAAGUUUAA